UAAAAAAUCACUUCCAGAAAAUUUCUGGCUUGAUCAAAAGGAUGAUGAUAAAAAAUACCUGAAGAGUCUACAGAAAACAGCAAAAAUCAUGAACUGCAUUUCAGAAGUAAUAAACAUAAUGCCACAAUUUCUUCUUGCUCGAUAUUUACAUAGAUUUACAUGGAAGAAUCAAAGAGAUAAUAUUUCUGGAGCCUAUUUAAACACUCCUAUACCUUUCAGGAUUUGGAAAUGUAUUAAUGUCUGCUGCUUUGUGUCCAGUGUAAGGAAGCCUGUUUGUUGGCUAUCACAUUGACUUCCUUUGAUGUCUUUUAGUGUUAUCUUCACUCAGACCCAAGGAUUAUGUGUUUUGAGGCUCCUAUCCUGGGCUAGAGAAGUUUACGAGACAGGGUAAAUCUGCCCCCAGGUAGAGGCUGCAGCCUUGUUUUUCUUCUUCUUUUUACUCUUAGACACAGUAUUGAAUUUAGCCUAUGGCUAUCUGUGUAACCUUUAGCUGCAUAAAUAUGGAAUGUUCCAUUUCAGACUUUUUUUUUGCAAUUCCUUUUUUUCCCUUCAGGGCACACUCUCCUACAAAACCAGCCAGUUACUCAGUAAAGUGGACGAUAGAAGAAAAAGAGCUGUUUGAACAAGGGCUGGCUAAAUUUGGCCGAAGGUGGACCAAAAUUGCAAAGCUAAUUGGAAGUCGCACUGUUUUACAAGUUAAGAGUUAUGCCAGGCAGUACUUUAAAAAUAAGGUAAAAUUAGAUGGUCCAGAGAAGGAAAUGCCAAAUCAGAAGAGCAGCAGUGAUCUUCAGAUUAAAAAUGAAGAUGAAGGCACAGAGGCAUGGACUCCAUCAGGCUUAAGGGGACGUGCUGAUCCCAACUUGAAUGCUGUAAAAAUUGAAAAGUUAUCUGAUGAUGAAGAAGUAGACAUUACAGAUGAGGCAGAUGAGGUGACUUCUCAAGCUCUCGCUCAAAAUCCUAGCAAUGGUAUCUUAUUAAACAUUCCUAAUAGUGAAAGUCAUGAAGCCAGUCAAGGAGAAUUUAUUGCUUCUCCGAACCAGGACGUUUCCAGAUCUAAAUCUUCCAAGGAAUAUUUUCAGAAUACAAAGCAGGGUGAGAUGGAAGUACUUUCAAGCUCAGGAAUUACAUUUUGGACUGAAAAACAGAGCACUAGUGACAAAAAACCAGUUGAAUUAAAUGAUCAGAAAUGUAAUAAACUGAUGAAAAACUGUGAAAAACAUGAUGGAAAUGGAGUAAUAGACAAUACCAGACCGCUGCCUUCUCCAGAGCUUUGUGAAGUUCGGGAAGAUCUGAGUGAGGAUGAAAUGCUUUUUCAUUCUUCCUGCCAAAUGGAGGAGGAGAACCACGAGGAAGAGGAGCUUAAGCCACCAGAGCAGGAAGUAGAAAUAGAUAGAAAUACCAUUCAAGAAGAAGAAAAACAAGCAAUUCCUGAGUUUUUUGAGGGGCGCCAAGCUAAAACACCAGAACGCUAUUUGAAAAUUAGGAAUUACAUUUUGGAUCAGUGGGAGAUAUGCAAACCGAAAUACUUAAAUAAGACCUCAGUACGUCCUGGCCUGAAGAACUGUGGGGAUGUUAAUUGUAUUGGACGGAUUCAUACAUACCUCGAAUUGAUAGGAGCAAUCAAUUUUGGAUGUGAACAGGCUGUGUACAACAGGCCACAGCCAGCUGACAGAGCACGAGUCAGAGACCGGAAAGAUGCGGCAGAAGCUUACCAGCUUGCACAGCGCCUGCAGUCUAUGCGCACAAGGAGACGUAGGGUCCGAGACCCGUGGGGAAAUUGGUGUGAUGCAAAAGACUUAGAAGGACAAACCUUUGAGCAUCUCUCUGCUGAGGAAUUGGCAAGAAGAAAAGAGGAAAAAUGUAAAUCUGUUAAAUCCUCAAAAGUACCAAGACCAACAAAAAGCUCAUUUGAUCCCUUCCAGCUGAUACCUUGUAAUUUUUUCAGUGAAGAAAAGCAGGAGCCAUUUCAGGUGAAAGUGGCUUCAGAAGCACUUUUAAUAAUGGAUUUGCAUGCUCAUGUCUCUAUGGCAGAAGUGAUUGGUCUGUUAGGAGGAAGAUACUCUGAAGUUGAUAAGAUCGUUGAAGUCUGUGCAGCAGAGCCAUGUAACAGUCUGAGCACAGGACUGCAGUGUGAGAUGGAUCCUGUCUCACAAACACAGGCCUCGGAAACCUUGGCUGCGAGAGGCUAUAGUGUUAUUGGGUGGUAUCAUUCUCAUCCUGCCUUUGAUCCAAAUCCUUCUUUGAGAGAUAUUGACACUCAAGCCAAAUACCAGACUUACUUCUCCAGAGGCGGUGCAAAGUUCAUUGGAAUGAUCGUUAGUCCUUACAAUCAAAGCAAUCCUUUACCUUAUUCCCAGAUUACCUGCCUGGUUAUAAGUGAUGAAAUGAGCCCAGAUGGCUCUUACCGUUUACCUUACAAAUUUGAAGUACAACAGAUGCUAGAAGAGCCCCAGUGGGGAUUAGUGUUUGAAAAGGCAAGAUGGAUAAUAGAAAAAUACCGGCUAUCCCAUAGCAGUGUCCCUAUGGAUAAAAUCUUUCGCCGGGAUUCUGACCUGACUUGUUUGCAGAAACUCUUGGAGUGUCUGAGGAAAACUCUGAGCAACGUGACUAAUUGUUUCAUUGCUGAAGAAUUCUUGACUCAAGUAGAAAAUUUAUUCCUUUCCAAUUAUAAAAGCAAGCAAGAGAAUGGAGUGGCUGAAGAGGACGGUGCUGUGGGUCCAAAGGAAUUGUUAAUUUCACAAAAUCCAGCUUAGCCACACAGAUCAUAUGACACGGAGAUACGGACUUGUUUUCUUACAGUGGUUAUCAGAGCGUUGUGUGAACCAGGGCCUGCUGCAGUGUUCCAGUCCAACCAUGGCCAGUAAGCAGUGCAAUAGACUCUGAAGGGCUGUCUGCUGUACUGUUGUGUUCAGGUCGAUAAAUGGAACGUGUCUGUAAUAUUUAUUUCUCCCCAAACUAGUCACUCCAUUUUUGGUACUUUGUGUGUCAUUAGGAGCACUUCCAUUUUUUUCCAUGUGUUUUGGUGAUAUUUGGUUAUGGUUACAAAUGAGAUAUGGAUGGAUGGUUACUGAGGUAACUAACAUGGUUGAGAACUAGUGGUAUGGUAAAUCUAACAACGUGCUGUAGGAGGCCAGGGGAGACCUCAGGAGAAAAUCUUAAACCAUGCAUAGAGAAGAGACCCAAAGGAGAGAAUCAGCUUGCCAGUUUUCCCACUGUAGAUAUUUAUUUCCAUUGUAUUUUAUAGCAGCAACGCAAUACAACAGGAUAUGCCGUUUUCUCAGCUAUCUGAAAAUUUUGUGUGGAUUUCAGAUACAAGAAAUAAUUAGCUUCAACUGUAUGUCCACUUCUAGUAGUGUGUGUGGUAAAACCUCAUUUAAGUAGAAGAUGAGUAAUCAUAACCCUCAAACUAGAUUUUUCUACUACCUGCUAUGAGAAGAGGCAAAUUAUAAUAAUGCUUAAAUAUUAAAUCCGAGAUUUAAUUUGAAAAACAAAAAAGCCUCCAGGGUAUAUUACAUAUCUAGCCCAGUUUCAUAUACUUUCUAAAUCUAGAACAUAAGUCAUCAAACGUCUUAUGCCCCAGUUUUGGGGCAUUUAGUCAAUAACUUAAGUUUGUAGGCCACAUACUAUCUCUAUCAGACAUUCUUCUUUGUAUUUCUUCACAGUCCUUUAAAACUGUAAGACCAAUCUUAUUACCUCAUGAGCCUCACAGAAAACAAGUUGCUGGCCAUUAUCUUCCAACCCCUACUCUAGAGAAUUACAAACAUUUAUGAUUUAUUUCCAGAGGCAUGAACCCGACACACUGAAAGCCCUUAUUUACAUCAUCUUCCAGCAACAACAAAACUUACGGUUGUGAUUUACAUUGAAGUACAUUUUCAGGUAAAGUUGGCAAUGAUGCUGCCUGAUUUACUCAAAUAGACUUGAGUUUAUUUUUGUUAGCCUUGGAACUGAUUUACACUCAUUCCCCAAGCAUCCUUACUAAUAACAGUUUUAUUACAUCUUAUCUGGAUAUGAUUCUUGUUUGGUUGUAAUCAUCAGCCACAGAAGAAGAUGUUUGAGAGAGCAGUGAGCCAGUUUUAGGUGGCCUGGGUCUUGGCUCAACCUUGUGACUUGGAGGUGGGGGGUGGAGAGAGGGAUAUAGUUGACCUUCUCUGGGGUGUAACUGAGGUCUGAAUUACCUUCCUAACAUCCUUCCAGGUCUAAAAUGUAUUCCUCUAUAUGUAGUUAGGAUAAACAAUGAAACAGUGUAUAAAGCAAUUACUUUUGCGACCGGGGUUUAUAAGAGCUACAGACCAAAAAUCAGGAAACCUGAGUUCUUAUCCUAAUUCUGUUAUCAGCUUUGCUCUGUGACAGUGAUAAAAAUCACAUCUGUCUGGACCUCAAGCUCUUCACCUGUAAUCCACGGGUCUAAGUUUUAUGACUUAGUUUUCCUUCCAAGCACAGAAAGUCUGCAAUUCUGUAAAAGGUAGUAAUUGAUUCCUUUGUACUCUUCCUUUUGACAUAUUUUUCUCAUUGUACAUUGGGAACAGAUCCUAGAAAGUGGUAUUAAUUAGCUCUCUUGAUUGAUAGUUCUGUAUAAUAUUGAUGUAUUUGGGUGAUGGAAAUUGUUAAAAUUUCUGUUCUCAAAGCCGGUUCUUCUGCAUGCCAACAGUUAACCAUAUUUACCAACCUAAGCCAUACUGUGAGGAAGUCAGAGACUUCAUUACCUCCGAGACGGUAAUCUUCAGAGUUUAGAGUUGCAGAGCACAGUUUUUUAAAUAAUAUCUACAGAGUGUUUUUUCCCGAUGAUAGAGUACAUUUAUCAUAAAAUAUUUUUUAAAAAACAGAAAAUGAAUAAAACAAAAACAUAUAAAUCCUAUUAUCUAGAAAACCACAGGUAACAUUUUAGCAUAAAUUCCUCACUCCCCUUUUUUUCCAGGACCAUGUAAUUUUAGAACAUUAAAAUCUGUAGUAUUUUCCUCUCCUUCCUCUUCGUUCAUUCUACCUGUUUUCUUUUGCUCUUAUCAUAUUCUUAAAACAUCUUUGCAACUGCAGGGACCACAUUCACUGCUGGCUUGGGCUACUGAGGGCGGUCAGAGCCAGGGCCUUGGAGAAGCACAGAGGAAGUCUGUUGAGGGGCCACGUAACAUAGGAAGUGGAGGAGGCAGAGACCCAAAGGAAAACCUCCCUCUGGUAAUGUUUACGGGAGUGGAGACACGACCUGAAAACAUGCAGAUCUCUCCAUCCUCAUUUGAUUCUUAUUGUUGUUGCCCAGUGAUGAUGAAAUAAUGAACCAUUUUUCUUUUUCCUGCUUGGCUAGUGGAAAUUGACAGUAGUACUUCGCCAGUAUUAGACUUAGCUCUUUUUAAAAUCUAAUCUGAAAGUAACAUUCAAAAAAGAAAAAGAAUAAAAUCAACAAGCGCAGACUCUCCUUCCCCUUCCAUUAUUGUAUCCUUGCACUAUCUUCAAAGUCACAUUAGGACUUAGACACUUUUGCCUUCUUGGAUAUCUUCUUCCAUAAAAAAAAUUAAAAUUCAUUACAAUUGCAUUUGUAUGAAAUGAACCUAAUGUAUAUAAACAUGUCCUCAAUCUGUAAGAUUGAAUUUUUUCCUUCUGAAUUUAAAAGGAAUUAAAACAUUUUACGGGUCUUAAAGGUAUUGUGGGCUGGAGUCACGGUGCCUAAUAGAUGGUGAGGUGGCUCUGCCGGUGUUCCGAGGGGUAUCCUUGGGAAGACCGCAGCCUUUCCCCUCUCCCUGCAAAGCCAGUGUCACAGACCUAGGGUGGCAGCUUCACCCCAGCCAAGAACGUCGCAGUUCCUGGGGCUUUAGAUCUAUAGAUUUGAACUUCAUUCUUUACUCACCUGACCAAAACUUGUUGAUUAGGAACAGUCCUUCCAAAAAAAGAUAGGCGGCAGUGAUUAGUUUUAGCUUUCAUGUAGAUAGUUUUGUUCUGAUCCUUAAUCUAUAGUUUUGAAACUCAAGCCACGUAUCCUACCACCUUCGUUUCUUCAUGUCCCUCAAGCCCUUCUCUUCAUCCCCACCCCCUGCACCUCUUACCUCUCAGCAUAUGGCAUUUGUUGAAACGGGGCCUGAGGAGUGGAGUUAAACAGACCCAUUCGUGUUUUGUGGGAGCUAACGGUGCCCCCGCCUUCCCUCCGUUAACUAUGCUCCCCCACAGGAGCGGGGUGGGUGUGGGCCGCAGAGUGGCCACAGCCUCAACAAGCCAACCCCGGCGGGCUUCCUGCUCUGCCAUCGUGCGCCUGCUUCCCGUCAGUCUCGCCGGGUCCUGACGGGGGAGCUGGGGGACCCGGGGCAAGUGAUGCAGGCAGGACGCCCCAGGAUUGAUGCUUUGCAUGUGGACAGAGAGACUGAAGGACACCUAGCCCCCUGACCUAUGGCUGCCUCUCCUCAAGUCAUCAGCAGGCAUUCAGUUGAUGGAUUUCUCAGUAGUUUAAUUAAGGAAGGGCAAGUAAUUUUUUUUUCUUUUUUAACCUACAUUCUCCUCUACCAGUAGCAAGAGACUUAAGUCCAGAGUCCUACAUCAUGGCAUUUAGGAAAACUUACUUCAUCCAAGCACAAAGGAAAAAGCACAUUUUUAUCAUAUCUCUAUCAGGAUUAAUAUAAAAUUUAACAAAUUUGAUCAGUAUCCCCAGUUUACCAGCAGCUAAAUAGUUUUCUUACAAAUUGAUACCAUACUUUGCAAUAUUUCCAGAAAAUCACUGUGGAGAAUAAUGUAAUAUACUUUAAUUCCUGACCUUUUCUUAAGUGGUUUUAUAUGUGCUUUCCCCCCAAGCUCUAUUUUUCUGUUUUUGGGGUUUUUUUUUCCUUUCAUUUACCCUGUAAUUAGUGCUUUCUGGCCUUUUAUGAAUCUUUUAAGCCACCUUAAAUUCUUUCUGGAACAAAGCAGAGAAUAAGUAUGUUAGCUCCCUAAAAUGAGGAGAAAAUCAAAAUUUGAGAAUGUAAAAUUAACUUAGGAUAUCUGGGUUGUUUGUAUUUUCUUCCUUCGACUAUAUUUAUGAAGAUAUUCAUAAGAACUUUAAUUUCAGGGAAAAAUGCCUUGUGUGCUGUCUUUGAGGUUUUCUAGAAUAUUUCUUUGAGGAUUUAAGAAGAAUGUUAAAUGUGAUUUCAUAGUUUGUACUCCUGUUUCAUAGGUUAUCAAGCUAUGAAUAUUUGUUUCAAGCUAUGAAUUGUAAAAUAGUAUUUAGAUUCCAGCAUGAUUUAAAUAGACUGGCCCUAGAUCUUUGAAUUUGUGGAUUUGAUGUGUAAAUUGUAUAUUAUGUAUAAGUUCACUUAAAGCCUGUGGCUGUUGUUUUCCCCAAAUGUUAUUAGUGUUUAUGGAUUUCUUUUAUUACUUUGAAUUUUGGAAUGUUCUGUAAUGAAAGAUAAUUGCUUAAACUAUUUUGUACAUUUAAAUAUGAUGCCACAUUGUCUAAAUCUAUAUUAAAGAAUAUUGUAAAUAUUAA